AUGGCUUACGUGUUGACUGAAACCUCAGCCGGUUAUGCGCUGCUGAAGGCAUCGGACAAAAAGAUCUACAAGUCAUCAACUUUGAUCCAAGACCUAAAUUCGUCGGACAAGGUUUUGAAGCAGUUCAAGGUAGCUGCCUUCUCGAAAUUCACCUCUGCUGCUGAAGCUCUGCAAGAAGCCAACAGUGUUGUGGAGGGUAAGGUUUCCACUCAGCUACAAAAGCUCUUGGACGAAAGCAAGACGGACAAGAAGGCUACUUUGGUUGUUUCUGAAACCAAACUGGCCAAUGCCAUUAACAAAUUGGGCCUCAACUUUAGCGUUGUUUCCGAUGCAGUCACUUUGGACAUAUUCAGAGCCGUGAAGGAGUAUCUGCCGGAACUGUUGCCAGGAAUGUCGGACAACGACUUGUCCAAGAUGUCCUUGGGUCUUGCACACUCCAUUGGUCGUCACAAGCUGAAGUUCUCCGCCGAUAAAGUCGAUGUCAUGAUUAUCCAAGCUAUCGCUUUGUUGGACGAUUUGGACAAGGAGCUUAACACAUAUGCCAUGAGAUGCAAGGAAUGGUAUGGAUGGCACUUUCCCGAGUUGGCCAAGAUUGUCACCGAUUCUGUUGCUUACGCCCGUCUCAUCUUAACCAUGGGCGUUCGUUCUAACUGUGCGGAUACCGAUCUAAGUGAGAUUUUGCCUGAAGAAAUCGAAGAACGUGUCAAGUCUGCCGCUGAGAUUUCCAUGGGUACUGAAAUUACCGCAGUAGACCUGGACAACAUCAAAUGCCUGGCCACCCAGAUUACUGAGUUUGCUGCUUACAGAGAGCAGCUAUCUAACUACCUGUCUGCUAGAAUGAAGGCUAUUGCCCCUAAUUUGACUCAACUCGUUGGUGAAUUGGUUGGUGCGAGAUUGAUUGCUCACGCAGGAUCUCUCAUUUCCUUAGCCAAAUCUCCUGCUUCUACUAUUCAAAUUUUGGGUGCUGAGAAAGCUUUGUUCAGAGCUCUGAAAACCAAGCACGACACUCCAAAGUAUGGUUUGCUCUAUCACGCUUCUUUAGUUGGCCAAGCCACAGGUAAGAACAAAGGUAAGAUUGCCAGAGUUUUGGCAGCCAAAGCCGCUGUGUCUCUACGUUACGAUGCCUUGGCUGAGGACAGGGAUGAUUCCGGUGACGUUGGUUUGGAAUCCAGGUCUAAGGUCGAAAGCAGACUGUCUCAGUUGGAAGGCAGGGACUUGAGAACCACUCCUAAAGUUGUCCGCGAAGCCAAGAAGGUUGAGAUAACCGAAGCUAGAGCCUACAACGCUGAUGCUGAUACUGUCACUCAAGUUGCUCCAGAAGAUUCUGACGAAGAAGACGAGGACUCUGAUGUUGAGGAAGAGGACAAGAAGGAAAAGAAGGGCAAGAAGGAAAAGAAGGACAAGAAGGACAAGAAGGAAAAGAAGGACAAGAAGGAUAAGAAGAGAAAGAGAGAUGAAGACUCUGAGGAGAAGGAAUCCAAGAAAUCCAAGAAAGAGAAGAAGGAAAAGAAGGAUAAGAAGGACAAGAAAUCCAAAAAGGAAAAGAAAUAG